UUUGUUUGCUUCCUUAGUAUGCCUCCCACUACCACAGAAAAUUUCAGUCAGAUAGCUUAUUAGCUCGCUGAGAUAGAGAGGUUGAAGGCAAGAAAGUCUAUGAUUUUUAAUGAAUCAUCGUACAAAAAAUGAAGUUUCUGAGGGACAAAAAAAAAGAAAAAAGAAAAAGUAAAUAGCAUAUUCUGUUCAGCAUUUGACCACCUACUCAAAUAUAUCACUCGCGAAUACAAUGCUUAUUUCUCUUUUGUUCGUCUAUGACAAAAACCCUUUUACAGACACUUUUCCUUUUUUGUGUAGAGAAACACAAAACUCUUUCCAGCAAACAAACGGAUAAAGCUAAAGGCCUAGUGCGUUCCGGGAAAGAAAGAGCUUGUAUCAAGUAACCAAAUGAUUGAAAAAAGUGUGAGUCUCCUUAUUGUUAUUUUAUAGAAAACCAAGGAAACUUUUUCAAAAAUUGCUUUUUGACUCACUUUGUAGAGAAACAUUUUGAAACUUAGUUUAGCUUUAUCUCCCGAUAGACUCAGUGGAUCUUGUUGAAACUUACACAAUAGAGAGAGCAUAAAAAUUUAUACAACUGAUAAAAAUCUCAGGGUAAUUCAAUAUUGUCUUCCUAUAAAAUUUUGCAUUAUACGACAAAAUGUAGAGAAACAUUUUUUUCAAAAACAUGUAGAGAAACACUUUUUGUCUGUUUUUCGGCCUCGCUCGACUCAAGUAUACGCUUCGGGAGAUUUGCGUAUCCAUGUUGAGUAGAGAAGAGAGCUGUGAUAAAAGAAAAGCACAAGAAUUUCCUAAAGUUGCUACUUUUGGAAGCAUUAGCUUGGCACGCAAGUUCUGCAUGGUUUUCUCGUGUUGUAGGUAACUUUCAAGCUUUAUAUCUUGCUGUUAGAAGGUGAUAGAAGUUCCAAAAUUUCAGAUCUAUAUCGUUUUCUAAUCGUCAGAUAUAAAGCCUGAAAACUGCCUGAAACAUAAAAAAAACUUCUAGAACUUAUGUGUCAAUCUAAUAUUUCACGGACGCUAAUAUAGAGGUAUCUUGGCCUCUUGACACGUGGUAUUUGGGAAAUUUAUGCCACACACUCAAGAAACAAUGAUGAAUAAGAUGCGUAACUUGAAUUUUCUCUAAACACACUUUCAUUUUUUCCCCUUAAUUGUACAACAAAAAUACGAUUCACUCAUAUAUGUUCUAAUCACUGGAGGAUUCAGCUAUUCAGCGACUGCAACCGUUCCAUAAUUAUUUUCUUUCAAUAGAAAUGAAAAGAAAGGACUUGUUAUUGCCUUGAAUAGGCUUCGAAAACCGUUUUUUGACCAUGAUCGUCGCUUCCUUCGGCGAACAGGCAUCCCUUUACUGAUAUUCUGCAUCCGCCACUGGUUCUAAUCUAUCCAAUCUUCUAUUUUGUUCAUGUAAAUUCUGAAUAAUCUUUCUAUUUGUUUCUAAUAUUUAAUUUUAGCAAUACAAUAAGUUUAUCAAAACGUUUAUCUGAUUGUUAUGCAGGUCAUCAUUCAUUACAAAAUAUAUUUAAUCCUGAAACAUGUCCUUUACGUGAUAAAUUUAAACAAAUAUGUGAAACACAUUUACUUGAUGAUCCAAUUGAUUAUGGUUUAAAAAUAAUUGAUCUUCUUUGA